CGUAGCGAGGGAAUCGCCAGAAGGCCCUUUGCAAUGGACCUCGGUGUCCGGGCAGAGCGAUGGAGGUGGAGAUGCUCCUUCAGGUAUACUGGACCGAGGCCGUUUAGGGCUUUAAAGGUCAGCACCAAUACUUUGAAUUGUGCUCGGAAACGUACUGGGAGCCAAUGCAGGUCUUUCAAGACCGGUGUUAUGUGGUCUCGGCAGCUGCUCCCAGUCACCAGUCUAGCUGCCGCAUUCUGGAUUAAUUGUAGUUUCCGGGUCACCUUCAAAGGUAGCCGCACAUAGAGCGCAUUGCAGUAGCCCAAGCGAGAGAUAACUAGAGCAUGCACCACUCUGGCGAGACAGUCUGCGGGCAGGUAGGGUCUCAGCCUGCAUACCAGAUAGAGCUGAUAAACAGCUGUCCUGGAUACAGAAUUAACCUGCGCCUCCAUGGACAGCUGUGAGUCCAAAAUGACUCCCAGGCUGCGCACCUGGUCCUUCAGGGGCACAGUUACCCCAUUCAGGACCAGGGAGUCCCCCACACCUGCCCGCCUCCUGUCUCCCACAAACAGUACUUCUGUCUUGUCAGGAUUCAACCUCAAUCCCAGGGAUUGAACCCAGGAGCUUCUGCAUGUGAUUCAUGUACAGUACUCUACAACAGUCGUACCUUGGAAGUCGAACGGAAUCCGUUCGUUCGACUUCCAAAACAUUCGGAAACCAAGGCACAGCUUCCAAUUGGCUGCAAGAAGCUCCUGAAGCCAAUUGGAAGCCACGGAAGUAGUGCCUGACGUUCAGGUUCCAAAGAACGUUUGCAAAUCAGAACAAUCACUUCCAGGUUUGCGGUGUUCGGGAGCCAAAACGUCCGAGUACCAAGGCGUUUGGGAUCCAAGGUACGACUGUACUUGCUUUGAAAUAAUGCUAAGUCCUUGUCAAGGGCUGACUUAGGAAGCUGCCUUGUGCCAAGUCAGACAAGCGGGUACAGUGGUACCUCUGGUUGCGGACAGGAUCUGUUCCGGAGCUCCAGUCUGAUCCCGAGGUUUCCGCAACCGGAGGGGCCACUUCUGUGAAUGCGCGCAUGGCGAAACCCAGAAUAAUACUUCCGGGUUUACAGCGUAUGUAUCCCGAAGGAUACAUAACCGGAGGUGAACGUAAGUAGAGGUACCACUGCGCUUUAACCAUUGAGUUCUGCAGCUUUCCUUCAAAAAUAAAAUACGGUUCCAGUCUUUACUGUCCUGAUUAAGGGGCCGAUUCAAAUAGCAGUCAGAAGCUGCCUUAAGUCGAGGUUGGAUGGCCAUCUGUCGUGGAUGCUUUAGCUGAGAUUCUUGUGUUGCAGGGGGUUGGACUAGAUGACCCUUGGGGUCCCUUCCAAUGAUUCUACAAAGUCCAACCACUGACCAGUUUAGAGACGUCACUGGGGAUUGAACCUCUGCAUUCCAAGCAGGUGCUCUAACCAAUGAGCAGCACAGCCCUCCCCUUCAAGCAUCCAACAGGUAUUGCAAAGUGUGGCGUGAGCAGAUCGUAAGGGACCAUAUUUUCCCAUCACUAAAGAGCGGCAGCCCUCAUCAUGCCUCAGUCCCAACCACCACCCAAAAGCUUUUCUAGCAAACAAGGAUCUCGACUCUGCCUUUUCCCGGGGAUGGUGAUUCUCUCACUCAAGACAUUCAUCCCCAAAAAAGAAAGAAAUUGGGCAGAGGGUCAGAGCGAAAGGUCAGGAGGGCUCCAUUGUGUGCUCUGCAGCCGCCACCUUGAAACUCUGAAACAGACUUCAGGAAGGAGCUGAGCUUGUUGACUUGUGACAGAAGGAUAAAAACAGGAAACCCCUGUGCAUCUGUGGGGGUGGCGAGGAGAGGAGAAGGGAAGGAAACGCUGACUUUUAAAAAUAUAUUCCGAGGCAUCGUGAGAAGGCAGGGCUGCAACGGUGUCUGGCAGAUCCCCCUCGGACGCUGGUAUUAAAAAGAAGAGGGGACAGGGGGAAAUAUCAGCUUUGCGCUGCAACCCACAUUUGGAGAUUUGGCGGUGCACUGCUUCAGAGGAGCAGGAGGAGAGACGUGCGCCAUUGCGGUGGCAGCGCGCGAAGACUGCCACAACCCCACGUUCUUCGCUGGGCACCCCCGAACAUCUCACCCUAUUGAAGAGGCAGCCACGAUGGAGGCGUUCAGCUCCCGCAACUUGGCCAUGCAGGCCGAGAAGAAGAUCCUCAGCCGGAUGGCCAGCAAGUCCAUGGCCAAUAUGUUCAUUGACGACACCAGCAGCGAGAUCCUGGACGAGCUCUACCGGAUCUCCAAGGAGUACACGCAGAACCGGACCGAGUCCCAAAAGGUCAUCAAGAACCUCAUCAAGGUGGCGGUCAAGAUCUCCGUCCUGUACCGCAACAACCGCUUCAGCCCCGAGGAGCUGGGCCUGGCGGAGGAAUUCAAGAGGAAGCUGCACCAAGGAGCUAUGACGGCCAUCAGCUUCCACGAGGUGGAGUUCACCUUCGAGAAGGCCGUCCUGGCCGAGCUGCUGAGGGAUUGCCGGGACCUGCUGCUCCGGCUGGUCGAGAAGCACCUGACGCCCAAGUCUCACGGGCGCAUCCGGCACGUCUUUGACCACUUUGCCGACACGGAGCUCCUGGCCAAGCUCUACAGCCCCGGGGAGCCCUACCAGCCGCGGCUGAAGAAAAUCUGCGAGGGGAUGAACCGUCUCAUCGACGAGGGGAAGUUGUGAAACCCACUGAGGAGGAGGAGAGGAGGAAAAAGGUGGAAAGGAACACACGUGCGGGGUGGGGAGGGGGAGACACGAAUUUUUACACCGGCCAAAUCCUUCAAGGAUCUAGGGAUUCAGAUAGACUGCCUCUGGACCUGGGGGCUCCAUAAGAAGAGAGGCCUGCUGGAUCUAGUGAGAGGGGACUCAUCCAUUCUCAUGGUGGUCAAAUGCCUGUAAGAAACUAGGGAUCCAGAUAGGGCCUGGAGGCUCCAUCAGCGCAUGAGACGAGCCCUGUUGGAUCAGGCCAACUGGAGAAGAACAAAUGGGUUCACCCUGCGGUGAGAAAACAAGACGAGGGGUGCUUCUUGUGAUCUCUUUGGCAGGCCGGGAGCACCCACAAAACUUGUUUGCUGGGUGGCCCUAUGAGAAACUCAGCCCCUGGAAGCCCCUCCCAGCCUUCCUUUCUAUGUCUUCGGAAGCCUGCGUACUCAGCAGCUCAUCUUUGCAGGCGGUAAGGACUAGAAACUUGGGAAUGAAAACUGAGUUUCAAAAACAUCUGGAGGGGAGAGUGAUGGGCGGGAAACUGCAAAACCACUGGACUUAUUACAGCUCCAUCCCAAACCUUCCUGGUCCAUCAUCAAUGAGAAGAAAUGUUGUGUUUUAUAUUCUUUAAAUGUUGUUUGCAGGUGUUUACUUUGUUAUGUUUGGUGCGGGGGGAGGGGGAGAGACCUUGCCACUACUUUUUUUUUUUGCUUCUCCUCUGAAGUCACAGGUCCUUUUGACGCCUGUAUCACCUCCUCUGGCUGUUGACCAUGGUGGUAUCCGGCGAGGUUGGUGGGAGCCAUAGAGCUCAAGCGCCAGGUGAUGGGAAAGAGGUUCCCUACGGUAGGAAAAGGGAUUGUUUGCUAAACCGCUCUGGGAAUCGUAGCUCUAGGAGGUCUCCUAACAACACUUAGCACCCUUAGCAAACUACAGUUCCCAGGAAUUCCAGGGGGAGAGAGCCACGGCUGUUUAAAGUGGCAGGCACAGCGCUUUAAAUGCACUGCCGCCUUGGUGAGUUGCAGGCAACAGUCCAUCUCUUGCUGCAAGAUCAGCACUCUGGACAGCUGCCCCAGAAGAGGACCAGCUUGCAGCAAAAAAACGGGUUUCUCUCUCUUUCUUCCCUUGUCCAUCUGGGAAGCGUUUUGCUCAAGACCUCAGGGAUUUCGACUUCUUGAAAACAAAACAAAUAAAGGUUUCUUUUCAAAUGCACAAUGUUCCCAUUUCCUUAAGACAGGCAGGAGAAGAGGGGCAGCCAAAAGCAUGAGCCCCCGGCAGACCCACCUGGCCCAGUCCUGCCGUCGAGGAUAGGGAGAUUGAGAAAUUGCCUGUUUUGGUUUCAAUAGCUUUCUCAUUUGUCCUUCAGCUCCUCAGAUUUAAGCAGCCGCUUGCAUUUUUUAAAAAAAGAAAGAAAAUAAAAGUCCUCAUGGAAAUUCCCUAGCGUUUUUGGCAUGCAUUUAUCCUAAUGUUUACACCCUCGCACAUGAUUCUCACACACACAUUUUUUGCAAGCCGUUCCCGCAAUAUAAGGCAUUUCUGUACAUCACUUUCCCCACCUUUCACAUUAUUUGAGACCGGAGAGGUCUGGGUUUUUCUUUUUUAGGACCCACACUAUUUCUGCGAUUGUAAGUUCUUUUAAACUGUUAAUAUUGCAUUUAAACAUUGUAAUCUUCCCUGGCACCUUAGGGUGAAGGACUGGUAAUAAACGACAACAGCAACAUUCUCAUUUUUUUCUCCAGAUUCCCCACCCCUCCACCUUGGAGAAGCCCCAUCAAGAAAAGUGUGAAUUUGGAAUAAUAGCCACUUCAAGAAGUCCAAACUGGAUGGUGUUUCUGUUGCAAUAUGAACCAGAGCAAAUUUCUCCUCCCUUCCCAGCCCACUCCCUAUCCAAUGGUGCUUGUGCCAACUAUUUUUUUUAAUAUGUGGCAGGUGAGAGUAGCCUCAGCUUGAAGGCCAGCAAGGACUGUGAAGCCCAUCAUCCUGGCUCCACCGACUGACUUGUUUCCUUUGGGCAGAGAUGCUCUAAAUCAGGUAUCCCCAAACUCGGCCCUCCAGGUGUUUGGGGACUACAACUCCCAUCAUCCCUAGCUAACAGGACCAGUGGUCAGGGAUGAUGGGAAUUGUAGUCCAAAAACAUAUGGCGGGCCAAAGUUUGGGGAUGCCUGCUCUAAAUCAUGAGAAGACCAUCAGAAACCGGCAUGAAGGGGUUAAAACCAUAGAGUAAGCUGUCCUGCCAGGCUUAGCUCACCUUGGGAGGGACUAGGUAAUCAACUACCCCUGCCAACCAAGGAAUCUAGAUAGACUGCAUCUGAACCUGGAGGUUCCAUAAGAACACCCAAACAGCCCUGUAGCUGUUCAAGCACCCUGUUCUCACAGUGGCCAAAGGAAAGUGAGCAAGCAGGACCUGAGCACAACAGCAACACUCUCCCCAAUUGUGAUAAUCAGAAACUGGUAUUCAGAAGCAUACAGGUGAUACUCGGAAAAUUAGAAUAUUGUCGAAAAGUGCAUUUAUUUCAGUAACGCAACUUAAAAGGUCAAACCAAUAUAUGAGAUAGAUGCAUGACAUGCAAAGCAAGAUAUGUCAAGCGUUUAUUUCUUGUAAUUGUAAUUAUUUGUCGUUAGGCGGGUCAAUUAUAAAUGGAAUGUAAUUAAUUAAAUGUAAUAGCGAUGUUUAUUUUUGUAUGAUUGUGACUAUUUGCUUUAUUACUGUGGAAUUUUGAAAAGAAAGCAUUUGUAAAAAAUAAAAAAUAAUAAGUUGCAUUACUGAAAUAAAUGCGCUUUUCGACGAUAUUCUAAUUCAGGGGUAGGCAACCUAAGGCCCUUGGGCUGAAUGCGGCCCAAUCGCCUUCUCAAUCCGGCCUGCGGACGGUAUGGGGAUCAGCGUGUUUUUACAUUAAAAUGCAUCUCUGGGUUAUUUGUGGGACAUAGGAAUUAGUUCAUCCCCCGCC